UCUUCUCUGAAUUGGCUGAAGGAUACAGGGGAGGAGGCAGAGAGAGUGAAUGGAUGGGACUGUGGACGAUAAGGAUAUGCGUACCUAGUAGACAGCUUCGCUUUCUGGACCCAAUGGAUCACUAGCGAAAGAGCAGCGGUUAAUUUUACGUUCUUUAUUCGUUUUUGUGGGCUACAGCCGGAGCGAACGCCGGUGGAAUAAUUAGUUUUUAUCGCUGCCGGUAAAAAAAACCUGUUCAUACAAAAAGUUCAAUUCGACCAUAACGGCGACAAUAAAAAAAGAUGACAGAGGGCCGGCUGUGCCAGGUGCACCUCCUGGACGACAGGAAGCUGGACCUAAUGGUCCAGCCGAAGCUCUUGUCCCGGGAUCUGUUAGACUUGGUGUCCUCACACUUUAACCUGAAGGAGAAGGAGUAUUUUGGAAUAUCCUUCAUCGAUGACACUGGUCAGAGUAAAUGGCUCCAGCUGGAUCGCAGGGUCCUGGAUCAUGACUUCACUAAAAAGACUGGUCCACUGGAGCUCAAGUUCCUGGUCAGGUUUUAUAUUGAGAAGAUAACAUUUUUGAAAGAGAAUACAACAGUGGAGCUGUUUUUCCUAAAUGCCAAAUCGUCAGUCUUCAAUGAGAUCAUCGAAGUGGAGAGUGAAAAUGUUUUCAAAUUAGCUGCAUAUGCUUUGCAGGAGGCCAAAGGAGACUACACAAGUGUUGAAAGCUCCAGGUCGGACCUGAACAAGCUCCCGGUUUUACCCACUAGAGUCCUGAGGGAGCACCCCUCCCUGGUAUACUGUGAAGACCGAGUGAUCGAUCACUAUGAGAACCUGAAGGGCCUCAGCAGAGGGCAAGCAAUUGUGCAGUAUUUGGCCUUAGUGGAAUCCCUCCCUACAUAUGGAGUUCAUUAUUAUCCAGUAAAGGACAAGCAGGGCCUGCCGUGGUGGCUGGGAGUCAGCUAUAAAGGCAUUGGACAGUACGAUUUACAGGACAAGUUGAAACCUCGGAAGUUGUUUCAGUGGAAGCAGCUGGAGAAUUUGUAUUUCCGUGAGAAGAAAUUUGCUGUAGAGGUGAACGACCCUGACAGAAGGAUAGUUUCCAGGCGUACAUUCGGGCAGACUGGAUUGGUCAUUCACACGUGGUAUGCCAGCCACUCUCUGAUUAAGACCAUCUGGGUGAUGGCCAUCAGUCAGCAUCAGUUCUAUUUGGACAGGAAGCAGAGCAAAUCCAAAGUUACCACGGCCAGAAGUUUGGGUGACAUCGCCAUGGACCUGACAGAGAUUGGAGCACCCAGGAUCAGUAAGCUGUCCAGCAUGGAGAGUAAAGACCAGCUCAUCAUGGCCAGCAACGGAUCCCUCAUCUCAGCAGGGUCAGGAGACUCUGAUGUGAGCGAGGAGUUAAAGAAGGAGAAGAUUGCUGACCUGAAGAAUAAAGAGAAGGACUUGCAGGACGCUCUGACUCAGAAACUAGAGGAGCUCAAGAAGAUCUGCCUGCGAGAAGCUGAGCUGACAGGCAGGCUGCCUAAAGAGUACCCUCUGGCCUCGGGUGAAAAGCCCCCCGCGGUGCGUCGGCGCAUGGGGACAGCCUUCAAACUGGACGACCUCUUCCCCUAUGAUGCGGAUCCCCAUCUCAGAAACCUGGAGAGCAGGUUUGCCCUGCAGCAGAAGAUCGUGGAGGCGGCCAAGAAACUGGCCAACGAGGCUGAGCUCUGUAAGACGGUGAAGAAGAAGAGGAGGAGGAACUGCCUGGACGCCAUGAGGAAGCUACAGGAGAUUGAGGAGGAGAUCAACAAAUACAGGAUCAAGACAGGCAAAAAGCCCGCUCAGAGAGCAUCAAUAAUCAUAGCAGAUGAUGUGAACCUUGCAGAACUCAGCUCACUGUCCGACAGUCUUAAUCUGGAUGAUGACGAGGAUCUGGGAAGCCAAAGGCAACAGUCCCAUUCUGUGCAGUACUCUCCCCGGCCCCACCACUCAGAAACCCUGAGCCUCCACUACCAGCCUGACCGACUGGCCUCAGCCCACGAGCAGUCCCAGGACCUCAGCCCCAACAGCAGAUUAAAUUAUGGCGAAGUCCAGGAACCUUUCCACUACAAUCACCGAGAUGCCUUAUCGAGCCACAAGCCUGCCUCUGCACACAGCAUGCCUCCCACCCCCCUCCUCACCCGCAAUGCCUACAACAGCAUCCAGUUCAGGUCAGAUGACGACCCCCAGCAUUUCCGUCAGCGGAGUGGCAGUCUGGAGUCCCAGUCUCAAGAGACCACACCCCCGGCGCCAGCGUUCGUCCCGUUCCGCCGCAGCAACAGCACAGAGGUCCUGGACGAUGGCUCAUCCUACACCAGCCAAUCCAGCGCGGAGUAUACAGCGCCUUGGAACCAUACCCACCGCCCCAGGGAUCGCCGGCGUGGCAGGAAGGGCAACAUCUACGCCAACACGGGCAGCAUGCCCAACUUGGCACAGGCUGAUGCCUGCAACAACACAUACCAGCCCCCCCGGGCACCACGACCCACCACCACGGCCUACUACGUGACGGGCUACCCCAGCUACCCAGAGCCCUACUCUAACGGAGUCUACAUGUACAACAACGAGUUAGAGGGUCACUACAACGUUAACACUUCGUACCACGCCGCGCCGGCCUACCACGGACAUGAUGCGUACAGCAGUCGCUAUGGUGACGACGAGAUGGACAGUAUGGCUCAGAACCCCUACGCCACCCUGAGGCCGCCCAGGAACCGUCAAGCUCUGCCCAGGACGGAACAUUUGACCAAGAACAUCCAGAAGGCGCUGGUGGCAGAGCACCUGAAAGGCUGGUACCACCGCAAUGCAAGCCACAAGCAACCACAGGCCUACGACUACAACCAGAGGGGUUCCCAGCAGAGCCUGGGUUACCAGACCAUGCCAGCUCCCUACAGCAGGAACACAUCCUACUCCUCAGUCUCGUCACAGCAGUCCUCCACAGCAGGAGGCUGGCACGGUCACCUGGGAGGGGGUAUGUCAGAGUUCCACAUGCCCCUACCGGUGCAGCAGCCUUACCCCUUCUACGGCACCGCUCAAUAUAGCCACCACGCCCACAACAGAUGUCCCCCAGCAGGGUAUGGGUGGAGGAGCUGUGAUAGACUGGUGCCGGGGCCAGCAGUGGCUACAGGGUCAUUAGAGAGGUUUGAUGCUGGUGCCUGUCAUGGUACUGAGUUCUGACCAGCGAAAUUAAACACCCGCGCUAAAGAAAGGACCCAAUGUAGAUGUGAAGCAAACAGAAACCUACAUCAACAGCCAAACGAACUGCAGCUUGGAUCCAGAUGACCAGAGACUUUACUGGCACGAGGGCUCCUCCAAACCUGGAACUAUAGUGUAGCAGUCAGGGCCAUCAACUUUCUCAACUUCCACUUUGUGACACUAACAUGUGCCUUGGACUGCACUUACCUGUUUCUCUGGAUGGUAAAAGGAUCCAAAGAUUCAAAUAUCAACCACUGUGGAAUUCACACAGGGGAGGACCUUAAGUCUAAGUACAGCUGAUUUGAGUUCUCAUACACGGAAUUGCCAAAGUAGAUCCACCUGCAUACGCUCUCUGAAAGCAGAAUGACAAGACGGUCACCUGAUCUGAAUGUUCUGGAAUGCUAGGGGGGGGGUGUCUGUGCACUGAGUUGCACUUGGUGCUGUGGCUGGUUGGGUUAGUCUGAGAGGCUGGGAUGAGGAUGGAGGAUAAUGAACAAGACUUGUCCUGCAAGAUCGAUAAUUGGGCAAGCUGUAUGCUCACCAUUACAAUGACAGAUCUCUCCAAUAUUGACACUUUUAAAUGUUGAAAUGAAGGAUUGAAAUUGGAUUUUGAGUGUGAAGAUGACUAGCAAUGGCGACCUGCUGAAACAUUCUCCAGUCACUACUAAUUUCUAGAGCCCAUUCUAUGAUAGUGUUUGUAGAUACUGUACAGCUAUUCUUAGGUUGUCAGUCUUUUUGCACCAGCCAUUUAACACAGUAUUUGGACCUCUCUCUUGUUCUCAGUACUUUGAUCAUCUUUACUGCCAAAUGCUUCAGACCAUUAAAGUCUAGACUCAACCAUGUCAGCUUUUAUACUUUCAAAGACCAUGUUAACACUUUAUCAAUGCCGGUUAUGUAAAACGUCCACACUAUUACAGGGCUUCAUUUUAUUGCUCAGUGCAGUGAGACAAAAUGUCAGUUUUAAGUGCUUAUUGCAUCCCAUGCUGGAAUCCAUGGACUGGUGCUUUCGAUUCCUCUCAAGAAGGAAUUUGUAUGUACAUGUUGAUAAUGUAAAUAGAUUGUACAGAACUGUUUUUGGAGCAUUUUCUAUAUAUUUUAAGAAGCAUGUUAUGAAUAGUAAACCAUCACAUUUGUCAAGCUGGUUCUUAGUCGUUUGUAUAAUUUGAAAUGUGUUUGAAUUAAAACAAACAUUUUGA